CCGGUGAACAACUUCUGCCUGUACCAAGGCAAAGACUUCGUCGUCAUGUGCGUCGGGGGGCCAAAUGAGCGCAACGACUACCACGUCAACGAGACAGAGGAAUGGUUUUACCAGCACAAGGGCGGGAUGCUGCUCCGGGUCGUGGACGAGGGCGUCUUCCGGGACAUCAGGAUCGAGGAGGGCGAGAUGUUUCUGCUGCCUGCCAACACCCCGCACAACCCGGUCCGUUUCGCGGACACCAUCG